CAUGGCCACACGCACAGUCGACAAUGUGCAUAUAGAGUUUGCUGUGACGUCACGUCACAGAUCCCAACUACAGUUCGAAUAAGUGUAAAUCAAUCCGCAAACGUCUUCGACCUAGCUUCACGAUCCCCUUGACAUCGGAGUUCUCGAAGUCGAAAAGCUGACUACGAAUGAAGACAAGGGUAGUCGUUCCAGUCGGCGGUUUUGAUUUUGCGUUUCGCGCUGAAAUUGUUGUUUUUUUUUUUUUUUUUUACGGGCUCUAAGCAGAGCAUCGCGACGUCGUUGGCGACCCCUACUGCGUUUGAUUUACAUUUCUAGAUUAUUCGCUGGUUGGUCAGGUACAAUUGGGUUUGUUCAGGUUGUUCGGUGGGUUUUCACCACGAUUGCGCGCGGCAGUUUGUAAUUCUCAGUUUAACUCAACUCCUGGUGUCUAGAGGGAGUGAAGCGCAAUACGACAGUCCAACAAUCAAUAUGUUUGCACCGUGUCUCCACGCGAAUCUAUUUCCCAGACUCGGUUCUUUGAUUACGUUCGUUUUAUUCGAAAUUAUUUAUUUAAACUGAAUUACUUUGCACCGGUAUUCUGGCACAUCGAGAAAUUGGCCCUCGUUUGGCACAGGGCGAUCGAGGAGACGGCGCGUUCCUCCAAUCUCUGGAAGCGCGGCGAUCAAAGGGGAAGUGAGCGACGUACGCGGGGUGCGACAAACGGCCAGUGGAGUGAGAAAGUCAAGGGGAGGGAAUAGUGGAUCUUCGAGCACGGCGACGGCAGAGCAAAACCCGGGCGCACCGACGACUUUGGCGUCGGCACCAUGAUAGAUCCGAGCUCCUCCGAGGAGGAGACAGAGGAGGAUCAGAACCACCAUCGCGGCGGAGAAGGUAGUUCGCACGGUUCCCACAGCUCCCACCAUCACCACGCGCAUCCUGGUGGUAGCGGAAGCGGCGGGUCCGUCGGACUUACCGGAAGCAGCGUUGGCUCCGUCGGGGGUUCGAAUCACGUGGCGGGGAACGCGAGUUCCCUGGGGACUCACGGGGGCAGCAUCCACGGGGCGCACGGCCGAGGAACCGCGAGCGUUCCAGCGUUGGCCGCGCAGCAGGAAGCCGUUGCCGCGGGUCUCGAUGUGCCGAACCUCACCAGUGCCCGCAACUCCCUUUCACCCUCGAUGGGGGCUGCUCAGGACGCGGCGAACUACGCCAGGUCGUCGCCCAGACCGACCAGUCCUUCGCCGUCGAUCGCCAGCGAAAAAACCGAAGCCGAACUCCAGGAAAAACUGGAACGGGAAGAGGAAGAACGUAAGACUAAAAUUCAACUCUACGUGUUCAUAUCGAGGUGCAUCGCGUAUCCUUUCAACGCGAAGCAGCCGACGGAUAUGACGCGAAGACAAACCAAGAUCACCAAACAACAACUGGAGACACUCUGCUCUCGCUUCCAAAGUUUUCUCAAGGGUGAAACUCAGAUUAUGGCGGACGAGGCGUUUCACAACGCCGUGAAGAGCUACUUCGAUGUAUUCUUGAGGUCGGAAAGAGUGGUCCGCAUGGUGCAGAGCGGCGCUUGCUCCCAGUACGACUUCCGCGAGGUGUUCAGGAAGAACAUUGAGAAACGUGUUCGAUCCCUUCCGGAAAUCGACGGUUUGAGCAAGGAAACCGUCCUCACCUCCUGGAUGGUAAAGUUCGACUGUAUCUUCAAAGGUACGGGCGACGAGGACUCGAAAAGACCCUCGAGGAUGCAACAGCAGUCGUUAAAUUCCGAAUUGAUACUCUCGAAGGAACAGCUGUACGACAUGUUUCAGCAGAUUCUUGGCAUCAAGAAAUUUGAGCAUCAGCUUCUGUUCAACGCCCUCCUGUUGGACUCAGCCGACGAACAGGCUGCCGCCAUCAGGAGGGAGCUGGACGGUCGCGUGCAGAAGGUUAACGAAAUGGAGAAGGACCGAAAGCUAAUGCCGCGGUUUCUCCUGAAAGAGAUGGAGUCGCUCUACAUCGAGGAACUCAAGUCGUCUAUCAACCUGCUAAUGGCGAAUUUGGAGUCCUUACCGGUCUCCAAGGGUUCGAUAGACAGCAAAUACGGGCUGCAGAAGCUGAAGCGCUACAACCAUCGUGGUGAGCGCUCCCGCUGCCGCAGUCAGGGUUCUCUCGCUAAGCUGGAGGGCGACUCCGCGGACUCCGACCCCCAGCUGACAAAGAUGGAUGUGGUGUUGACCUUCCAACUGGAGGUGAUCGUCAUGGAGGUGAAGGGCCUCAAGAGCCUCGCACCGAACAGAAUAGUGUACUGUACCAUGGAAGUGGAGAGUGGCGAGAAGCUGCAGACGGACCAGGCCGAGGCAUCGAAGCCCAUGUGGGACACCCAGGGCGAUUUUUCGACGACGCAUCCACUUCCAGUGGUCAAAGUCAGAUUGUACACGGAAAAUCCAGGCAUGCUCGCGCUCGAAGACAAGGAAUUGGGGAAAGUUAUAAUCCGGCCGACGCCGUUGUCGUGCAAAGUGCCCGAGUGGCACCGCAUGAACGUGCCGAAAAAUAACCCCGAUCAAGAUCUCCGUAUAAAGAUCGCAUGCCGCAUGGAUAAGCCGCUGAACAUGAAACACUGCGGAUAUCUUUACGCGCUGGGAAAGUCGGUUUGGAAGAAAUGGAAGAAGCGGUACUACGUGUUGGUCCAGGUCUCGCAGUACACAUUUGCGAUGUGCUCGUACAAAGAAAAGAAAAGCGAGCCUUCGGAAAUGAUGCAACUCGAUGGCUAUACAGUGGACUAUAUCGAGGCCGCUUCUGCUAAUUUGAUGGUCGGCAUGGACCUCGAGGGCGGAAGGUACUUUUUCAACGCCGUUCGGGAGGGUGACAACAUCGUCUACGCUUCCGACGAUGAGAACGAGUGCCACUUGUGGGUGAUGGCGAUGUAUCGGGCGACCGGACAGUCGCACAAACCAACACCGCCGGUCUCGGUGGCUGACAAAAAUUCAACGAUAAGCAAAAUCCAGGGGGACGCGGACAGAGCGAGGAAGCACGGGAUGGAGGAUUUCAUAAGCGCGGAUCCCUGCAAGUUCGAUCACGCCGGUCUAUUCAAAAUGUUGCAGAACUUGACUUUGGACUACAGAUUGAACGAUCCGUACAGCUCGCUCGGCUGGUUCUCUCCUGGCCAGGUUUUCGUCCUCGACGAAUAUUGCGCUAGGUACGGAGUGAGGGGAUGCUUUCGACAUCUCUGCUACCUCAGCGACCUACUCGACAGAGCGGAACAGGGUGUUAUGAUAGAUCCGACGCUGAUUCACUACAGCUUCGCAUUUUGCGCCAGUCACGUAUACGGGAAUCGACCCGAUGGCGUCGGUUCCAUAACGCAGGAGGAGAAGAACAAGUUUCAGGAAAUCAAGGAACGACUGAGACAGCUGCUGGAGAAGCAGAUAACGAAUUUCAGGUUCAGCUUUCCGUUCGGAAGACCCGAGGGCGCGCUGAAGGCGACGCUCUCGUUGCUGGAGCGAGUCCUGAUGAAGGACAUCGUGACACCGGUACCCCCCGAGGAAGUCAGGGAGAUGAUAAGAUCCUGUUUGAACACGGCGGCGUUGGUGAAUUACACGCGAUUGUCGGCGGAAGCCAAAAUCGAGGACGACCUCAGCGGAGAGGUCUGCGUCUCCCCGGGCAAAAAACUCGAGGAUCUCAUCCACCUAGCGAAUCUCUGCGUCGACUUGUUGCAGCAAAAUCAAGAGCAUUAUUCGGAGGUAGCGUUUGCCUGGUUUAGCGAAAUCAUGGUGGACCACGCCGAGAUCUUCUGGUCGCUCUUCGCAGUCGACAUGGAAAAGGUGCUCACCGAGCAGCCGCCCGACACCUGGGACAGUUUCCCGCUGUUCCAGGUGCUCAACGACUACCUCAGAACGGACGACAAUCUGAAGAAUGGAAAAUUUCACCAGCAUCUGAGGGACACGUUUGCCCCGUUGGUUGUGCGUUACGUUGAUUUGAUGGAGACGUCGAUAGCUCAAUCGAUACACAAGGGCUUUGAGAAGGAGCGGUGGGAGAUAAAGGGGAACGGCUGCGCGACUUCCGAGGACCUUUUCUGGAAACUUGACGCUCUACAAUCUUUCAUCCGAGGGCUUCAUUGGCCCGAGGCAGAAUUCAGACAACACCUGGAACAGCGGCUGAAGCUCAUGGCCUGCGACAUGAUUGAAUCGUGCAUACAAAGAACGGACAACGCCUUCCAGCAAUGGCUCAAAAAGAGCGUCACCUUCAUCUCAACCGACUACAUCAUUCCCUCGGAGAUGUGCGCCAUGGUCAACGUCAUUCUAGAUGCCAAGAAUCAAAGCUUCAAACUCUGCGCAGUCGAUGGCGUCGACGUGCAUCAGUACCACACAAAAAUCGACGAUCUUAUCGAGAAGACUUCCGCUGGUAUGAAUCAAGGAAUGAUUAAUAAACUAGUUUCAGUAUUAGAAGCAACAUUGUCCAAGCUAUCACGAUAUGACGAAGGAUCAUUAAUUGGUUCGAUUCUCAGCUUAGCGAAGGUAUCCGGCAGCGGCAAAGAAAUGGGGCAAGCUUACGUGAAUUUCACCAGAAACUGCAUGGAUCAAAUUCGCAGUAAAGUUAUCGACGAGCUCUGGAUAUUGAUCUUCUUCGAGCAAUGGUACACGGCACAAAUUCAGAUGCUGUGCAACUGGUUGUCCGAACGACUGGACCACAGUCUACACUUGUACCAAUGCACGUGUCUAGCUCAUAUCGUGAAAAAGGUUUACUCGGACUUUGAGCUCCAGGGAGUUAUGGAGGACAAGCUCAACUCCAAGACAUAUCAAACUAUAUUUCAGCGAAUGCAAACUGAGGAAGCAACUUGUGCCUUAACCAUGUCCGCUCAGAACGAAGAAGGAUUUUCGGAAAACGGAAACGACGACGAUGGAGACAGACCGAAAGCGAAAGUAACGGUGGUCGAAACGGUGGCUGGAGAAGACGCCAAUUACGUGUCGAACAUUACCAAUGUUACGUCAAACGUCGUUGGUAAAGUUGGCAGCAUGUUUGGCAAGGGCAUCGGAGGCCUCUCCACUAAAUUUGGAGGUGCGACCAGCUGGUUUUAGCUGCACAUCCGUACCGCACGCGUUGAUAACAGCAGUCCCGCUCAUGGUAUGGCCCUUAUCGCAAAUUUCGUUGAGACCGCCAAGUUCAAAAUAACAAUACGCGAAUAUACCUGUGUAGCUUAUUCGUGAAGUAAAGUAACGGAAAAAAGUCGAGUAUUGUAUAAUUUAUUAGCAACUUAAUAGUGAUUAACGAAGCUUGCGGAUUGUAGUUUCAAAAGCAACGGGGUUCACCCGUUGUCAGAGAGAGCCGGAAAAUGUGACUCGGGUGUUUUUCGGUCGAGGGAAGGAGACGUGUAAAUUUCUAUUGAACUUCUCGACAAUAUUUUAUUCUAGUUUAAUCGUAAGCCGCAGUAUCCCAAAUUUUAGGAAAUUUGUAUGUUCAAUUGUAUGUACGACACGUGACACGUCGCAGGUCCGAAUCAAGCUCGUGUUUUAUUUUAUCGUCACUCUGUGCUUUCAACUGUAAUUGUGAUCCAACAGAGUUGACAAAGACGAGUGUCGACAUACCCGCCAAUGACAAGUAAAUAUUGUGUACCUUAGGGUUAUUAGGGCCUAACUACAACGAGGCAAUGAAAAUAAUAAUUAUUACCUGCAAGUUAGCAAAUGAAGCAGAAUCAAGUAAAACAAAAUAAACUAAACCGAAAUGGAGUGGAAUAAAGUAUGAACUAGAUUGACGUACGUAUAAAGGGCAUAGCAAUCUAAUAUAAUUAUCGAUAGUUGAUCAUUGGUUCGCUUGAUUUUUACUUCUAUGAUUGGCCAUGCACAAUUUCGAGCAGCAGAAAAACUAAUUCAUUCCCAUAAUCCCACCUAUGAGACGCAUGUAUUUUCGAGUCAUUUUUCGUUUCUCACGUUUUAUCCGAUCUCGAUGUGACUCGUCUAAUCGUAAUCGUUACCGUGAACCAAAAAUUAAUAUCAACAAUUGCAAGAAAGUUCAAGAGUACAAUACAAGUACGUACCUAUAUAGAUGCCUAAUUCAACCGAGAGUAUAUUGUACCGCAUAAGUAUCAAAUUCAUAUUAGAUAAAUGUAGCAGAUUCUAUCGAUCCUAUUUAUUUUCUAAUCUUACGCAGUUCCUUAUGAGGGUGAUAAUAACCGGAGACUCCUACUUCGCCGAUCUAUUACGGCUCACCCCCACCGUUAGAGAUAUAAAUGCACUCUACGAGAAACCAUUCGCGAAUUAUUAAUUGCGCCUCAUUUUGCAGAAUAGCUGAACUCGUUGACCUGAAAAAGUAUCUUCUAACAAAACUAUAUUCUUCACCGCUAUCGAAUGUCGGGUCUAUCGAUUGACGUUCAUUAAAAAAAGCGGAAGAUAAAAAAUAAAAAA